AUGACAAAAGAAAGAAAGAAAGAAAGAAAGAAAGAAAGAAAGAAAGAAAGAAAGAAAGAACAACAGAAGCAGUUGGCCACUGACAUGUUGAACACACUCAAGAAGCUGAUCAGGGGCCCCACGCUAGCUCCUUCAUCAGCCACAACACCUGCUCCUACCCCAACACCAGCACCUACCACAGCUCCUGCACCACCUCCACCAACUCAGCCAGUUAAGGAUGAAAAGCCUGCAGUCAAAGAAAAUGAAGCCAAGAAAGAAAAAGAAACCCCUGCUCCAGCCCCAACACCUGCACCUGCUGCUGCGCCAGAACCAGAAGACAAACUCUCCAACCCUGUAAAAGUGCAGCUACAAGUUGAAGAGCAAGAAGUACAACCCUCUCUACCAUGUCCAAUUGUAAUAAACAAGUACUCUGAUGCACAACUUCGAAAUAUAAUCCACCAGAUGCAGCAACGUACACAAGUGUACAAAGAAAAACUCCUAGACCCCUAUGCAUCCUCACCUGAGCACAGCCCUCCAGUCACACCUGUUUUGAGAAAAAAGGAUUUCUUGAAAAAGCAAGAGGAAGAGAGGAUCAAAAAGGAGGAAGAGGAGGCAAAGAAAGCAGGAGCAAAAGCCGAGGUAAAGAAAGAAAAGAAGGAAGAAAAGAAAGAUAAAAUAAAAGAUGAGAAGAAAGAAGAGCCAGGACCAGCCAGUCAAUACUUUUCUAUUUGUCCAAAAGUCAAAUGCACCUGUAUAGACUCCAUGCUGAAACCUAUUGAAGAAAGAAUGGAUAAAGUUUUGGGCACAUCCAUAGAUCCAGUCACAGAUCGGCGGUACAUUACUUGGCUUAGCCUGGUGACUAUUGCCUUCAGCUACAACCUUUGCUUCAUACCAAUUCGUAUGGCCUUCCCCUAUCACACUCCUGGCUCAGUUCCUCUGUGGUUUACUGUAGAUGUCCUAGCUGACCUGAUCUACAUCAUUGACAUGAUCAUUUUCCAGCCAAGGCUGCAGUUCUGCAAGACUGGAGAUAUCAUUUAUGACCGAGAUGUUAUUAAGAAGAAUUACAGAGCAUCUUCAAAAUUUCAGAAUGCGCUACUAUCAAUCAUACCCCUGGACUUCUUGUAUGUUCCAUUUGGAUUCCAGUCCGUUUUCAGAAUUAAUCGCAUCAUGAGGUUUGAGGUUUUUUUUGAGUUCAGUGAUCGACUUGAGAGUAUCAUGACAAAGGCAUAUAUCUGGAGAGUAAUUCGCACCAUUGGGUAUCUCUUGUUUGCCCUUCAUAUCAACUCUUGCAUUUACUAUGUGGCAUCUGCCUACGAGGGCAUUGGUACAACCAAGUGGGUCUACAGCGGCCACGGAAAUGCGUAUUUGCGCUGUUACUAUUUUGCUGUGCGGACCCUGAUCAACAUUGGUGGACUACCUGAGCCUAAUACUGUUUUUGAGAUUAUAUUUCAGUUGGCAAACUAUUUUGUUGGUGUCUUUGUCUUCUCAAGUUUAAUCGGACAGAUGAGAGAUGUCAUUGGGGCUGCCACUGCUGGUCAGACAUACUUCCGUGCCUCUAUGGAUGCAUGUGUAGCCUAUAUGGUGUCAAAUCGUAUUCCAAAGCUGGUACAGCACAGAGUCCGUACAUGGUACAACUACACCUGGGACUCACAGGGUAUGCUGGAUGAGUCAGAGUUGCUGGAACAAAUGCCACUGGUAAUGAGAACGGCCAUCGCUGUGGACAUCAAUCUCACCACUUUCCAGAAGAUUGACCUGUUUAAGGGAUGUGAUAACCAGAUGCUUGUGGACAUGUUGCUGAGGCUGAAGUCUAUAGUGUAUCUGCCCGGAGAUUUUGUAUGUCAAAAGGGUGACAUUGGUAAAGAGAUGUAUAUCAUCAAAGCUGGAGGGGUGCAGGUUGUUGGUGGGCCUGACAACAAGAUAGUUUUUGUGACAUUGAAGGCAGGCUGUGUGUUUGGUGAAAUCAGUCUUCUGCAGUCUUCAGCGAAUGGAGGCAACAGGAGAACAGCUAAUGUGGUUGCUCAUGGAUUUGCUAACCUCUUUGUGCUGGAUAAGAAAGACCUCAAUGACAUCCUGGUUCACUACCCAGAAUCCCAGAAAGUUCUGGCCAGGAAAGGAAGGAAACUAAUGAAGGCCAAAGCUCCGGCUCCAGCCAAAGUAGAACAGGAGAAAAAGAAAGGACUGGAGCUGUUUGCACCCAAAUCUCCCACUCCUCAGCUGCUUCGGGCAUUUGGAAAGUUCAACAAAAAAACAUUUAUGGAAAAACUAAAGGUAGAAAACUCAACACAGUUUUUUAAGAAGUUAAAAGACGUCUGCAAAUGA